AUGUUUCGUUAUUUGGAAAAACCACAAACACUCUACGACAAGAUCCUCUACGAGCAUGUCGUCAAUGAAGAAAACGGCACUAUUCUGUUAUAUAUUGACCGCCAUCUUGUAUACGAAGUCACUUCUCCUCAAGCAUUCGAAGGCUUGAGAACCGCCAACAGGGCUGUCAGAAGACCUGAUUGUACCCUUGCAACCGUUGACCAUAAUAUCCCGACCAGGACUCGAGCCAAAUUCCAAAACUCGGCUCGAUUCAUCAAAAAUGGUGGCUCUCGAACCCAAUGUCUGACUCUAGAGAAUAAUGUGCGGGAAUUCAAUAUCCCCUUUUUCGGUCUGGGAGAUACCAGGCAAGGCAUUGUGCACGUCGUAGGUCCUGAGCAAGGAUUCACCCUUCCUGGAGCUACCAUUGUAUGUGGGGACAGCCACACGUCAACCCAUGGAGAAUUCGGUGCACUUGCCUUCGGUAUUGGGACCAGCGAAGUGGAACAUGUUCUUGCUACGCAGACCCUGGUCACAACCAGGAGCAAGAAUAUGAAGGUCCAAGUGGACGGCAAUCUUGUCCCUGGUGUUAGCAGCAAAGAUCUAAUGCUCCACAUUAUUGGUCACAUCGGCACCGCUGGAGGGUCAGGACAUGUUAUUGAGUUUUGCGGAUCAACAAUCAGAGGGUUAAGUAUGGAUGCCAGAAUGUCCAUCUGCAACAUGUCAAUCGAAGCUGGAGCGAAAGCAGGAAUCAUUGCGCCUGAUGAAAAGACCCAUGAGUAUCUCAAGGGCCGCCCGUUGGCACCAAAACCCGAUGGCCCUGAAUGGAGCCAUGCGUGUCGUCAUUGGAAGUCACUCAAGUCUGAUACAGGGGCAAUAUUCGACAGGGAGGUGUACAUACUCGCAGAAGACGUCGCCCCAACGGUCACAUGGGGUACAUCUCCGGGUGAAAUUGUCUCCAUAACCGGCGUUAUCCCAGCACCAGAUGACUUCGAUGACCCUCACAAGAGCGAAUCAUGCAAACGCACUCUAAAGUACAUGGGGUUGAGACCUGGGACACGUGUACAGGACCUUGUUUUCGAUAAGGUAUUCAUCGGCAGCUGCACCAAUGCGCGCAUCGAGGACCUCAGGGCUGCGGCAGACGUAGUCAAAGACCAACGAAUUUCGUCCAACAUAAAGAGUGCUAUCGUCGUUCCUGGCUCUAGCUUGGUAAAGAAUCAAGCCGAAAAGGAAGGCCUCGACAAGAUUUUCAAAGAUGCUGGGUUCGAAUGGCGCGAGGCCGGCUGCUCCAUGUGUCUCGGCAUGAACCCAGACAUCCUUUCUGCCAAGGAGCGAUGUGCCUCCACCUCCAAUCGCAAUUUUGAGGGUCGGCAAGGAGCAGGUGGCCGGACGCACUUGAUGUCACCAGUCAUGGCAGCAACAUGCGCAAUUUUCGGUAAACCUGCUGACGUCCGGACUGUCACGCCGACUUUUCAAUCCCCAGUCGCAAUUCCCAAGGUGGCCAUGGAGAAUAACAGCAGCUCAUACGAACCGUCCAUUGACACAAAGGACUUCAUGGAUGUGCCUAUGGACGACGCUGCGACAAGAUCUGCACCGGCCCCUGCUCAGCUCGAACAACAUUUCACGCAGCUUAGAGGCGUCGCUGCGCCCAUGGACAGACCUAAUAUCGACACGGACGCAAUAAUCCCGAAGCAGUUCUUGAAGACUGUCCAACGCUCAGGUCUCGGGCCCGCACUAUUUUAUCAAUGGAGGUACGAUGCAGAAACCAGCAAAGAAAAGCCCGAUUUUAUCCUGAACAAGGAGCCAUACCGUGGUGCCAAGAUCCUGGUCGUAACUGGAGAUAAUUUUGGUUGUGGCUCCAGCCGCGAGCAUGCACCAUGGGCUCUGCUGGACUUUGGAAUUAGGUGUAUCAUUGCUCCUUCUUUUGCGGAAAUUUUCGAGACAAAUCUGUAUAAGAACGGAAUGCUUCCAGUGAAGCUUCAAGGGGACGCGCUUCAAAGAGUAGCAAUGGAAGGACUAAACGGUCGCGAGAUCGAAGUCGAUCUUCCUAGGCAGGUUAUCUUGUCUGCUGAUGGCAAGGAGCUAUGUCAGUUUGACAUACCCGAGUUUAAAAAAGAUCGCCUAAUCAACUGUCUAGAUGAUAUCAGCCUCACUAUGGAGUUGGAGGCUAAAAUUUGCGAUUUUGAAGGGAGAAGGCGCAAACAGACCCCGUGGUUAGAUGGUGUUAAAGGCAUUCAGCAACAGGGAAAAAUAAAAUUGCAGCCCAUCUCAAAUGCCGGAUUUGGAAGUGAGAAGUUAAGAAUGGAGUCUCUCCAGUGGUAA